CCCUCAGAACAAAGGUGGGAGUGACCUCACUGUUGCCUCAGUGACAUCAGACAUUCCUGGAGACCUGUAAGAACGCAGACGCUCUGCUGAGCUGAGGUCUCCCAUUAUCCCAGAGCGGCGCACCAUCCUACGAUGACUUGGUGCGCCCUCCCUUGCCUGCCACCUGAGCAAGGAUGAGAUCCCUCCUUUGCCUGUGCCAUCUUCUGUGGUUGGUGUUCUGUUGCGGUGGCUUCUACAACGUCCACAAGCAAUGGCUGAACCGGCCUGCCCUGAGAAAGUCCAAAGGGGCAGGUACCAGUGAGCUUCCUUGGCUGGUGACAGUGGCUGGGACCUGCCAGGGAAUCAGCCUUGGCCGCUGGUGGAUCCUGACCACCACCAGCUGCCUGCUGAAGAUGAAGUUCCCGCAUCUGGAGGUUAUGGGGGGUCCCGGCCCAAGAAGCAGCUUUCAGGGGAGCCAAGUCUGCCUGCACCCCAGUUUUAACCCCCAAUCCUGGGAAGGGCCAGCAGUAGCUGCCCUAGGACUACUCCUCCUGAAGGAGCCCACAGAAAUGCAUAGGGACAAGGUGUGGCUCUCCAGGACUCCAGGCAACCUCCAAAGGAAGUGCCUUCAUUGCAAGCAAAGGCAGUGUCAGGUCUACCAGCGCCAGAAAACAGCUUCAGAUAAUCUGCGACAUCCGGGUGAGGAGAUCACGAUGAUCCCCGUGAGGCUGCUGCAUUCCUCGGCGUGCCACCGAUACGGAGCCCGUGUGGAGGAGGACAAAAACCUCUGCAUCAAGAGCAGAGACCAUCAUAAGUCUGACUGCCAGAUGCAGCCGGGCAGCCCACUCCUCUGCCUCUUCGGGAGCCGCUGGGAGCUCGUAGGCCUCGUCGACGCAAGCCCCGGGAGCUGCUACGGCCCGACCCUCUCCAUCAGGACCGCUCCCUAUUCCUCCUGGCUGAGGCAGCACGUCAAGGCAGCCACACCGCUCCACUGCAGCCCUUACCCGCUGAUGGAGCCGGCCACCCCCGGAGACUCCACUCUCAACUUCUCAGAACUAGCCUCCAAGUUCCAGCCGACGCACCCUUGGCAAUUUAGGAAUGGAAACACGGACAUCUCACAAGUGACCUGGUUUCCCCGACGUUCCCCUCCGACGCCGUCGGCUCCUCCGUCCCCUCUGCCUACUGAUGCCCCAGCUUCGUCUCUCCUCAGGCCCGGGGGCGGCCUUUCUUUUCUUCCAGCCAGCCACCUGCCCUCUGGCGACAGUUUGCCCAUGGUAACCAACUGGGCUCCCCUUGUCACGCAGACAGCAGGAGCCAGGUCUCCCUUCACCGGCUCGACGGUCGUACACUCGGUUCUGUCCACGGGUCAGGCGGCUGCACUUUGGACUCCCUCUGGCGCGCAGCCAGUCAGAUCUUCGGUGACCUUUCCCUCACGGUCAGGUGAACCGUGGACUUCGGCUAGACCCCCGGUUUCUAUCCCUGCCCUGGGGCUGGCCCCGCUGGCUUCCCGUGCCCCUGGAAUGGCCGAACUCUCCCCACCCUCAGCAACCCAGAUCGUCGCACCGCCCUUGGCCGGCUGGACUCCUGCCAAGGCUCCAACGAUGGGAACCCCUCUGGCCUCGACAGCCAAGACCCCCCAGUACCACUUCCCUAAAGUCUGGCCCGCUGCGCAUGCUUCCUACGGAUUCCAUGCAGACGUCCAAGCCCCAAGCAGCAGACCUAUUUUGCCCUGGACAAUCCGCCCUGGCGGAACAUGGCCUACUGAGCCCGGGACAUCCGACGUGGCUUUCCCCCAGCCCCCUCCCAGCCCCUUCGUUACGGAGAGGUCCGGGGUUAUUUCCCGUCUCCUGCCUUCCGAAAGUCCCCUGUAUAAUAUGUGGACCAGGGGUUUGGCUAAGCCUAAAGCCUACUCUGGUGACUACUUUCACGUGGCCUCCUCUUUCCCCACGGCUAAGCCCAGGACCCUGGGUGACCUGCCUGCCUUUCCCCCACCUUUUAGCACUCCCGAGCCCCAUUCCUUUCCUAGGCUUCUCCAGCAGGUGAUGAAGCCAACUCCUCAAGAUGCCAUUUCUUAUGGCAGUUCCUUUCUAAGGGAGCCGGGCUCCUCCCUGAAACCCCUCGUUUUGGUCACCCCUCGAACCAGACCCCUGUCUCCCGUGCACUUCCCAUGGGUCUCGGAAGUUGGACCGGCAUUCUAUCAUCACUCUCCUUUCUCAACGCCCUUCAGUCAAAACUUCCAGUCCGAUUUGUCCCCCUUAUACCAGCUUCAAGUGAAACAGAAAGCUGGGACCACCCUGGCCCAGUGCAGGCUAGCCCUGGCCUGGGAGAUCAAGACAAAGGCCUUCAGCCUUUAUCAAACCGCUGUGCCCAUCAAGAAGUCCUUUGAGUGUGGAAUGCGCCCAGGCUUUACCCACCGCUGCUCAGGUUGCUCGGAGGCAGAUAGGGGCGAGUUCCCCUGGAUGGCCUCCAUCCAGCUCACCCUUUAUCACUUCUGUGCGGGCUCUAUCCUGAACGAGUGGUGGAUUCUGACCACGGCCAAAUGUGCCAGUUUAAUAAAGAACUCCGAGGCUCUCGCUGUUGCUCAGGUGGGUGUCGUCAAUCUCCAGGAUCACGUCCAAGCCCAGGUGGUAAGCAUUCACCAUGCAAUCCAUCACCACAGCCCCCAGGGGCCCGUCGGCCUAGGCCUCAUCCUCUUGCAGCAGCCGUUGCACUUCCAGCCCCUGGUCCUCCCCAUCUGCCUGGAGGACAGCGAGAAGCAGGAGGAACAUUUGAAAAUCGCGGAUUGCUACCUGCCCGGCUGGAGUCUCUUGAGGGGGGGGCCUGUAGCACUCCAGAAACGUCAACUCAGCAUGCUCCGUCUCAGCGCCUGCUCUCGGUUCUGGCCCAAGCUCAAUGAAUUCACCUUCUGUAUAGAGGCGAAGAAAGUUGGCAUGGCAAGAUGCCAGGGAGAUCUGGGAGCACCCCUAAUCUGCAAAGAGAAGCAGAAAGAAGUGUGGGUGCAGGUGGGGGUGCUCAGCAACUUCGACGAGCACUGCGUGAAGCCGUAUGUCUUCAUUCGGAUAGCCCCUUACUUGUCGUGGCUAGAAAGUGUCACUCAGGAUGACCCCCAUGCUCCCUGGGGGGCUCAGACUGACACUUCCCUCCUCGUCUCCCUGCCGCACCCACGGACCCUCGUGAACCGAAUCUCCGUGAGAUUUGCCAUGCCGUGGCAGGCCUUGAUCGUUACGUGUGGCAGCCAGAUCUGUGGCGGCUCGCUCCUGAAUAACUCCUGGGUGUUGACCACCGCCGACUGUGUCAGAAAUAUGAAGCCAGAGAACAUGGCUGUGUUUCUGGGCCUGAACCAGCACGGCUCCUCCUUGAGAGCCAUCCGAGUUGCCAACAUCUUCCUGCACGACGAUUAUUUCUCCAACAGCCCCAACAACAACCUGGCCCUGGUCCUCCUUCGGGGCCCCAUCAUGUCCGGCCAGGCCUUCGCCCCCAUAAAGCGCCGGUGGACCAGGAACGAUGGGGAUGAGUGCUGGUUCUCGGGACCCCGGCUUCUCAGACCAGGAGAGGCCGAGGGCUACCCCAAGAUGUUCCAAGUGCGGAUACUGAAUGACUCUUCCUGCUCCGAAUUCUACCAGGAACCCAAUACCGUCCUCUGUGUUGUUCCUAAACGGUCAAACCUCCCCAAGGCGAAGGUGAGUUCAGGCGGUGCCUUGCUGUGCAGGCUGGGAGCAGCUAAUGGUAGUUGGGCCCAGACCGGCCUCGUGGGACCGUCCUACUUCUCCACCAACAUCAUUCCAUUCUUGCGCUGGAUGGAACUGACCGCCGCUGAGGCCGGCCGGCCCAUUACCUUCUCUAAAGCCACUUCCUCCACAGUCUUUGGCUCCUGGGUCCCUGGGGUCCCGCUCUUUCUGCCCCUGCUGCUAGGGAUGGUCGUGGGCCACGUCCCACCCCAGUUACUUUUCCCACCCUGACGCCUGCCUGUCUCACCCAGCUAGAGCCUCUGCGGAGGCAACAAACUGGCAAGACCAGCGUACCCCGGGGAGCUGGUAGUGUCGAACUGGUCGGGAGGAGGGCCUGUGAGUCACCCGGAGAGCCUGGGACAGCAGUGCGAAGGAUGGGGGAGGAAAAUAACCUUUUGUGCUUUCCCGGUUUGACCUCCCUCCCCGCAGUCCCUCCCUGCACCCCUUCCUACAUCCCUCCCCGUCAACGCAAUAAACAAUCAGUGCCCUAGAG